AUGUCCAAGAUCAGUAAAAAGCGAACUGAUUGUAUUCCAGAUGUUUUCGAGCUAUUGCCAAUUCGCGAAUAUCGCUGCGAAUUCGAAUGCGGCAAGGUAUUCAAGAACCGCAGUCCUUACGAGCUGCACUUGCAAAACAAACAUGGCGUGAACAUCAAGGAGAAUAUAUAUGCAUCCUUUCGAUGCCCGGUCGAAAAUUGCGAUUAUUUGGGGCGACGUCUAAACCUGGUGCGUCGACAUUACCAGAGCCACCAUAUGGAGAAAAAAUACAACUGCGCCGCAUGCAAUCGAAAGUUCUUAAUGGAAUCGCAGUUCCUGAAGCACAGAUGCGAGGUACAGAUCUACUCCUGCCAAAGGUGCCCAAGGACAUUCAAUUUAUUGAGCAUGCGGAACAGGCAUGUCAAACAGUGCGUCAAAAAAGCAACUGCCCCAACGCCGCUGCCCAAUGCCAGCGAGGACGAACUGGAGGAUAACGGUGCAGCUGUUGACCCUAUUGAAAAAGUGGAUUCCGACCCAACGAUCGAUGAGUUCGAGCAACUGCUACGGAACAUUGAAAACAAUGUCGUUAAGGAUCGCGCAUUGAUCGAGGAGCUGGCAGCAUUAACCCCAAUCCUGCAGAGCUUACAAACAUAA